GAGCUGACCCGCCUGGGUGACGUCACUCCCCACGCGGUAUUUCUUUCCCCCCGGCGGACUCCAAUGCAGGCGCAGAGGACACUCUCGGCAUGGAGCGGGCGCUGCUCUUCUCGCUGCUCCUAACAGCCGCCGCUAUAGACGCAGAACGUUUCCUUUGCAUCCUCGGGAGUUUCCGGUGCGAAGACGGCGGCCAGGUUCCGCUGUGCCAGCGGUGCGACGAGAAGCGGGACUGCGGCGACGGCAGCGACGAGAGAGGCUGUCGAGCCGCCAACGUCUCGUGCGGACCCCGUGGGAGGCGAUGCGGCAGCGACGGCCCUUGCCUGCCCUUGGAGAGGAUCUGUGACGGCCACGGCGAUUGCCCGGACAAUUCUGACGAGUCCUUAGACGCCUGCGGGCAUCGAGUAGACACGACUUCGCCAGCCUGCCCGAAGGACGAGUUUCAAUGCGAACCAGGGGCAGAGUGCUUCCCGCUGGCGUUUGUGUGCGACGGCCAUUCUGAUUGUCCGGACGAGAGGGAUGAACGAGGCUGCCUUCUGGACUUCCCAACGGUUUCGGUAACGCCACCAGCCACCCAGACAGAUGGCGUGCCUGUCCCUGGAAAUGCGAUGCCUGCGGAUUUGGUGGUUCUUUCCAUCAUCGCGUUCCUGGCUGUCGUGGUGGCUGCUGUUUUUGCCUCCGCCUGGAGCCGUGCGAAAGCGAGACACCUGGCAAGCUUCAAGUGGGACCACGGUUCAGAGCAGCUGAUCGCAAAACAGCAGCCUUGAGAGACUCCUUCCUUCGAGAGCUGGCCUGCCUUCGGAAGCGUGGCGUCUGAUUCAACACAUCCUCUGAGAAGAACGGUGAGCCUUUUAGUCCCUGCCGGGCUCACUUGCUGCUCACCUUUCAACAGGUGCCUUCAGUCGAGAACUUCAGCUGCACAUCCGAGUUAGAAGGUCAAUCGCUUUCUCAAGGGAGACCUCCCUGUCGCUGGUCCUUGUCAUCUCAAAACGUAUUUAUUUCUGCCCUCUGGCUCCUUGAUCUUCCAUGGCAAAGAGCUGCUGAGUUUAGCCACUGCAGCUAUGAACAGAGGCUCAAAAGGGUACUGGAAAAUGUGGGGCACGCAUUAAUAAAAACAGCAUUAUUAUCCAGUAUGCUUUGGUGGAAAUUGCAUCAAAUGCAUAUUUGAAUUGCCGUUUUAGGUUGUUUUUCCUCUACACUGGGCCAUUUGCCGUUUGGCUAAAACCUUUCCUUACAUUUUCCCCAGUACACUCGUCUUCUCUUUUCCCACCAACUGUGGCGAAAAACAGUGGAAGAAAAUCGCCAUGGCACAUUCCUUUGCCAUGCUAGUUUUGCACGCAGCAAGCAUCCUUGUGUGGCAAAAACGUUUUUUUUUAAUCAUCCCAGGCUCAAGCUGUAAUUUUCGGUGCUUUGUUCAGGUCACCUUGCCUCGUGCAAGCCCAGUGUUUUCCCUCGCACAAAUCUCCAUGGCUGCAUCCCUCUCUUGUGAGAAUCAGGCCAAAGAGGGGGGAGCCCAGUUUGCUGUCGGGGAUAAAACCCCAUAGGUUGUCCUAAAAUGUCCCAAAAGGAUCUUCUGAAAUGUCCAGCUGGAACAACUCCGUUGCUUAAGCGUUUGACACAGAAUCAACUCUGGAAACUUGUAAAGGAUUAAAAAAAAAAACUUUUUGGAGAAAAAAUAA